CCGCCUCGGGGCGGCUCCAGCUUCGGGCGGCCAUGGCGGGCGGGCGUGCGGGGCCGCGGUGGCCGGGACCCCUGGCUGAACCGCAGCGGUUGAUGCGGGCCGGGCUGGCUCUGAUCGUGCUGGGCCACAGCAACCUGGUGCUGGGAGCCAUCGUGCACGGCUCCGUCCUGCGCCACGUCGCUCGGGCCAAAGGCGCCGUCACCCCCGAGUACGCCGUGGUCAACAUCGUGUCCGUGGUGUCCGGGCUGCUGAGCAUCGCUGUGGGCAUCGUCGCCAUCCUGGUGUCGCGCAACCUUGCCCGGGCUGCCCUGCACUGGGCCCUGCUGAGCGUGUCCCUGUUGAACUGCCUGCUGUCCACAGCCUGCAGCGUGGGGCUGGCCUUGGCCAUCGCACUCACCAUCCACAGCCGUGGGAUGCGCCUGGUCACCGGCUGCAACAGCCCCGCGCUGCCGGCUGAUGCCCGUGCAGCCAUAGCCACCAACGACUGCCCCUUCAACACCACACGCAUCUAUGUGAGUCCUUCUGCUUUCUCUAUUUUCUGCCUUUUUUCUCCUUCUCUUCCCUCCAUCCCGGCCCCCGUUGGUCCACAUGGGCCCCUCUCAGCUCUGUGCCCCCCAAGAACCCCCCAACCUCUUUCUGCUCUGCAGGACACGGCCCUGGCGCUCUGGUUCCCCUCCAUGCUGCUGGCAGCCACAGAAGCCGUGCUGUCUGGAAGGUGCUCGUUGGCAGCCCUGGUCCUGCAGGGCAUUGGCCCUUGGGCACGCAGCUACAGCAAGAGCCAGGCGGCCCGGCCUGGUACAGCAAAGGAGAGGCAGCUGCUGGUGGGGCUGGCUGAGACGUGCACAUAGCGGGAGAGGUGAUGCACAAGUGCUGUCACACAGUGGGGUGAUGCUGCACCAGGUGUAGGGAUGGGGCUGUGCUCCUCCCCAUGACCCCACCACCCUCCUCAGGACAAACCCUGCUGGUCCCAGCCAUGAAUGGCCCAGAAGCACCAGCAGUCUCCACCCCGCAGGUGCUGUGUUUCACGAACUCUCUCCCUUCCCCUCCCUAGGCCACAAGGCUCCUCCAGCUGCACUGAAAGCUGUCAGCCUCUUACAUGCAGAGCUGUGGGGAGGUAGAGGGACCGGGUGGGGGCAGGAAGAAAUGCUGAGGCCCAGCGUUGGCCUUGGUGCUGGUGCUCCACCUGCAGAGCUGGUGCUCAGAAGCAGGUCAAUGAACACAAGGCAAAGAAUCCCUUUCUUUGUAAACCUCUGUUGUUUCCUUGAGUAAAUAAAAGUUUUCAUUCUUACACUG